GCUAGAGGAAAUUUGACUUUAAGCAUGGCAGCCUCCGUAGUUGGAAAGAGUAGUUUACGCGCUCCUGAUUUAUUACAUCGAGUUUUGUCUAUUUUUCCCCAAGAAAUAUCUUUUGCGUUUGCAUAUGGUUCCGGUGUUUUCAGACAAGAAGGAUAUAAUGAAAAUCAGAAAAAUAUGAUUGACUUGAUUUUGGCUGUCAAUAAUCCAGUGACUUGGCAUCAGAAUAAUCUCAAACUAAAUAGAUCACACUAUUCCAUCUUAAAAUAUGGUGGUUCCCAUCUGGUCAACCGGAUGCAGCAAGAUUAUGGAGCUGGUGUUUAUUUUAAUACCUUAAUACCAUUUGAAGACAGGCUCAUCAAAUAUGGUAUCAUUAGUACGUCUAAGUUAAUCACUGAUCUACUCGACUGGGACACUCUCUACAUCAGUGGUCGUCUACAUAAACCAGUUAACAUUCUUCAUCAGACACAAGAUACUGGUUUAGAACAAGCAUUGAAAGUUAAUCUUCAGAGUGCCAUCCAUGCAUCUUUAUUAUCUCUUCCAGAAACUUUCACAGAAGAAGAUCUGUACCUUCAAAUUGCUAGUCUUUCGUACACAGGUGAUUUUCGAAUGCUUCUUGGAGAAGACAAGAAUAAGAUCAACAACAUUGUAAAACCACAGCUGGACAGAUUCCGCAAUCUUUAUACUGAUUACCUCAAUAGGACACCUCAGUUGGAGUGGAACUGUAAAACAGCAAAAUACGAGGUAUGAGCGUUUGUCAGUUUAUAGGACACAUCUUUCGAGGUGAAACUAUAAAACAGCACAAUACUAGG